AUGGUAGAAAAUGGAAGCGUGCAGAAUUUGUUAUCUUCGCAACAUGAAGACCUCAACGUCGAAAAAUGGUUCCUGAUGUCUUCGCCGCUACCAGUUCUGACCAUAUUGAUAUCUUAUUUAGUCUUUGUACUAAAAACUGGUCCCGACUACAUGAAGAAAAAGAAACCGUUCAAUUUAAACGGCGUUCUUGUAUUUUACAACGCACUUCAAGUGAUUUUUUCCAUUGUUUUGUUCCACAUGGGAUGUGAUCUCAUUUUAAGAAAUGGAUUGAUUUCGCCGAGAAAAUGUAUAACAGAGAGUAAAGACUUGAUGUUAUAUAUUGCGUUCGCCACUUAUUACUACUUCAUUGCAAAAGUAACGGAGCUACUCGACACCGUGUUUUUCGUGCUCCGAAAGAAAAAUAGCCAAAUUACCUUCCUCCACGUAUACCACCAUACGAUAAUGGUGGCCAUCACCUGGUCUACAUUGAAAUACGAACCCACGUACAGCACGAUAUUCCUUGGCACGAUCAACUCGUUCGUUCACAUAGUAAUGUACGCAUACUACGGGCUGUCCUCUUUUCCCGGCCUGGCUAAGUAUCUCUGGUGGAAGAAAUAUUUGACAUCGAUGCAAAUGAUCCAGUUCCUUUUGAUUUUUGCUCAGGCGGUAUCAUCCUAUCAUACGCUGCCGAAACGUUGUGAAGAGUGGUGCCUUAGACCAGUUGCCAUCUCUAGAGGUCUUCUGGGUCCCAUGGGGCUCUCCUACUACGGACUGAGUCUC